CACCGGCGAGCGCGAGCAGAGCGGGCCCGGACUGGCGGGCGCGAGAGGCGCGGGGGCAUCCGGGGCAAAGCGCGGCCGCGCGCGGAACCCCACUUUUUCAGACACCCCGAAACACUGCCGGUCCACGUUCCCAGAGCUCGCGGAGCCCGUCGCCGUGCCACCGGACCGCCCCGGCUGCCGCACUCCUGGCCGGCGGGACGUGCCGCCGCCUCGGCUACCGACCGCGAGGGAGCGCUCUGCCAGGAUGGGAGCUGCCAGUGGGCAGGACGUCUCCUUCAAGGCGGUGCUGACACUCAGCUGGCUCAUGCUGGCCUGCCUCCCUGGGGCUGCGACCACAGCGACAGCUGAGUGCCCUGACCAGAGCCCCGAGUUGCAGCUCUGGAACCCUGGCCACGACCCAGACCACUCUGUGUACAUCGGCCGGGGCAGGACCCUGCUGCUCACCUCGUCUGCCACGGUGAACUCCAUCCACGUCUCAGAGGGAGGAAAGCUGGUCAUUAAAGACCACGAGGAGACCAUUGUCCUGCGCACCCGGCACAUCCUGAUAGACGCUGGCGGAGAGCUGCACGCCGGGAGCGCCCGCUGCCCCUACCAGGGCCGCUUCAGCAUUGUUCUGUAUGGAAGGGCCGAUGACGGUCUUCAGCCAGACCCUUACUUUGGCCUGAAGUACAUUGGGGUUGGCCCAGGGGGCACACUUGAGUUACACGGACAGAAAAAGCUCUCUUGGACGUUUUUGAACAAGACCCUUCGCCCAGGCGGCAUGGAGGAAGGAGGCUAUUUUUUUGAAAGGAGCUGGGGUCACCGUGGAGUCAUUGUUCACGUCAUCGACCCCAAAUCAGCGACAGUCAUCCAUUCGGACCGGUUUGACACCUACAGAUCCAAGAAAGAGAGCGAACGUCUGGUCCAGUACUUGAACGCGGUGCCCGCGGGCAGAAUCCUUUCGGUGGCAGUGAACGAUGAGGGGUCUCGGAACCUGGACGACGCGGCCAGAAAGGCCAUGACCAAACUGGGCAGCAAGCACUUCCUACACCUUGGAUUCAGACACCCUUGGAGUUUCCUAACCGUGAAAGGAAAUCCGUCGUCUUCGGUUGAAGACCACAUUGAAUAUCACGGACACCGUGGCUCCGCGGCUGCCCGCGUGUCCAAAGUGUUCCAGACGGAGCACGGCGAGCAUUUCAACGUCUCUUCCUCCAGCGAGUGGGUUCAAGAUGUGGAGUGGACAGAGUGGUUCGACCAGGACAAAGUGUCGCACGCUAAAGGUGGGGAUAAAAUUUCAGACGUCCAGGCAGCCCACCCAGGCAAAAUCUGCAACCGCCCCAUCCAUAUACAGGCCAUGACAGUGGAUGGAGUUAACCUCACCACCGAGGUUGUCUACAAAAAAGGCCAGGAUUAUAGGUUUGUGUGCUACGACCAGGGCCGAGCCUGCCAGACCUACCGUGUGCGGUUCCUCUGUGGGAAGCCUGUGAGGCCCAAACUCACCGUCACCAUCGACACCAAUGUGAACAGCACCAUCCUGACCCUGGAGGACGAUGUUCAGUCAUGGAAGCCUGGAGACACCCUGGUCGUGGCCAGUACCGAUUACUCCAUGUACCAGGCAGAAGAGUUCCAGGUGCUUCCCUGCAAAGCCUGUGCCUCCAACCAGGUCAGAGUGGCAGGGAAACCAUUGUACCUGCACAUCGGGGAGGAGAUCGACGGUGUGGACAUGCGAGCUGAGGUCGGACUCCUGACCCGGAACAUCGUGGUGAUGGGGGAGAUGGAGGACAGCUGUUACCCCUACAGCAGCCACAUCUGCAGCUUCUUUGACUUCGACACUUUCGGGGGCCACAUCAAGUUUGCCCUGGGCUUUAAGGCAGCGCACCUGGAGGGCGUGGAGCUGAAGCACAUGGGGCAGCAGCUGGUGGGGCAGUACCCCAUUCACUUCCACCUGGCAGGCGACGUGGACGAGAAGGGAGGCUACGACCCGCCCACAUACGUCCGCGAGCUCUCCAUCCACCACACCUUCUCUCGCUGUGUCACCGUGCACGGCUCCAAUGGCUUGUUGGUAAGUACCUCCUUCCUGGGGAAGCAGAGGGCCCGUCCACGAGUUCCCUUCCUCCAAACAUUAGUGCUGGAUGGAGGUUUGCAUCGGACUUUUAGUCUGGGGCCAUCGGGGGUUGAACCAUCCUUGACCUGGAGUUUAGAGUGGUGUCAGUUGAGAGCAGGUCUCCAACUGAUAGAGGAAAGAGGAAACAGGGCAGAGGUGUGCCCUUGCCAAAGGGCCCCGAGCCAUGGAGGUGGGGAGCUGGCAGUGGCCACUGGGACUCUAGUUCCCUCUGUGCCUCUUUGGAGUGAUGGGUGGUCCGAGGGUCUUUCCGAGGCUGUGUGGCAAGACAGUCCCGCUAGUGCAGACAAGGGGCUCGUGCUGAGACUGCACCACGGGCUCUGUCCCACGGACUUGCAGGGGCCGCACGGGGCCUUGUCUCCCGUUGCAGCAAGCGUCCUUCAGAGCAGACAGUGCUGGGAGGAGUGGCUUCCCUGGCAAGGAGGGGAAUGUGCCAGAGCCUUGUGUGGGUUUACACAGCCGGCUUUUACACUAAACUGA